AUGGAGUCUUUGGGUGAAGAGGGAACCUCAGUUGAGGAAAAUGGGUCCUACUGGGUUGCCCUCCAGGCAAAAACAAUGGUGCAUUUCCUUAAUUAUCGGUGGUGUCACUCCUGGGCUGGCGGUCCUGGAGAGGACCUCACUCUGGCAUGUUAUGUCUCUGCCUUCAGAACAAGCAUCCUGGUGCCUCUCCAGAGCCUUUUUACUUCAAGUCUCCACAAGGGAUGCUUUCUACUCAAAAUUUACACAGCCCCAUGCCCUGUGGCCUCUGGCUUCUACCUUCUUCCUGGCUCAGGCACAGCUACAGCCACAUUGGGAGUAAGUCAAGCCCGUGGCCUAAUGCUGUCAGGCACAGCUGCUCUAUCAUCUCCAGUGUCUCCAAUGGCAGCAGCCACACUUCACUGUCACCUGUGUCUUUCCCUGCCGCAACACAUGCUGUGGGAACAGAAGGCAUUUAUACAUACUCUCUUUCUUUCUGAAGUGACCGAGACCAAGAGUUCUCCGUUGCAGCAGGGCUUCGAAGAUGGCUUUUCCCUGAUUAUGGAGAAAUUUUCCAAGGAGGAACUCAGCUUUGAGGGCUGUAUAGGUGAGAGCUGGUUAGAUAGUUUGCUAGGAGAUCCAGAAAGUCCUAACAUUGACAUUACAAAUUACAAGAGUCAUAAGUUCAAGAGCAGCCUCCGUCCUGGGCCUCUCCUUCCAUAGAAGACGAUGCUGUGAUGUCUGAUAUUUGCCAAGAACACUGCUCCAGAGACACCGAGGGAAGCCGGGAGUGACUGCAGCUGUUACUUAGAGCGGAGCCAGAAGGACUCUGUCCAGGGAGAAGAGAAGCUGUAUCAGUAUAGCAAGUAUGGGAAACGCUCCAGCCAGAGUCACCACCUCAUCCAGCACUGGAUUAUCCGCAAGGGAGAAUGGCAAGAGCAGGCAAGGGGGCCCAGCAAGGCUGCUUUCCUUCUCAUGCGUCCAGAGACUUGAACAAGCUAUAAAUCCUCCAUGUGCUGGGAAUGCGGGAAAAGGGUCAGUCAGGAUAUCCACACUGGAAGAAACCUGUGUAAAACUCAAAGUGAUAACCUCAAAAAUCCAUCCAGGAGUCAAAGUAGCGAGCCACAAAAGCUGCUACAGAGCAGAGGUGCCACAGGAAAACUGUGUAAGCUUCAAGGUUGGGACCAAGAAAAACUACCUGCUAGUAAUAGUGACCCCCAAACACUGCAUAAGGGGCCGUGUGGUGACAGUCCAUCCAUUCUUCAUUCACAGCCUAUUAACCAGAAAACUCCCACAAACACUAAGUCCUACAGAUGUGAGAAAUGUGGGGACCCAUUCAGCCAGGCCUUUUCUCUAGCUGAACACCAGAAAUCCCAUAAGAAACUCUGUGAAUGUGCUACAUGCCUUGAAAUCUUCCACGGAAGGAAACAUUUUGUCCAACAUCAAAAAACUUAUUUUGCAAAACCUGUCUUCGAGUGUCAAAAUUGCAAAAAGACCUUUAAUCAGAGGUCAUCGUCCACCAAACAGCAGACUGUUCCUACAGGAGAGAAGCCAUACAAGUGUAGCUAAUGUGGUAAAGCUUUCAACCACUCCUCCACCCUGAAGAUCCACCAGAGGGUUCACAGUGGAGAGAAGCCUUACAAACUCACCGAGUGUGGGAAAACCUUCUUGCAAGGAGACCGUAAAGUUGACAUCAGCGAGUGCCUGGAUGAAUGCAAUCAGUGAGAGCACUUUGUUUGCAGCUCAGCUCUGAAUUGCCACCUGAGCCUUCACACCAGAGAAAAUGGAAGUGAGGAGGCUUUAGGUCGGAACUCAAGGCAUACUGAGAAAUGCUUCAAGAGUAACAAAUGUGGAAAAGCCUACAAUCACAACAGAUACCUUUGGUGGCAUCAGAAGGUCCACAGCCCCCACCAAUCCCAUGAGUGUAACCAAUGUGGGAAAACCUAUGACCAGAGUAUGCAGCUCACUUGCCAUCAGGGCAUCCAUGCUCGUGUGAAGCCAAAUGAACGCACUGAGCCUGACUGCGUGCGUAACGCCUCUGUCACUGAGCAUAGCCUCCCAAGGUGAGCACCCAUUAACAAAUGCAACAGUGCCCAGCUUUUGAAACAUCAGUUAAUUCACACUGGGGAGAAACUCUUUACAUGCCCUGAGUGUGGUAGAGCCUUUGAACAGAGCAAUCAGCGCCAGAGAAUUCGUAUGGCAGAGAAGCACUUCAGGUGUAGUGAACGUGGGAACGCGGUUUGUCAGAGUUGCUGCCUUUCUAAGCAUCGGAAGAUUCUCUCUGGGAAGAAGCCCUUUAAAUGUGGUGACUGUGGGAAAGCCUUCAGCCAGAGCCCCUGCCUUCCUCUUCACCGCAGAGUUCACCCUGGGGAGAAACCAUGCUCGUGUGGCACAUGUGGGAAAGCCUUUUCCCAGGGAGCAAAUCAGAAGCAUGAGAGGACUCACAGUGGAGAAAAGCCUUCUAUCCGUGGUGUGUGCGGUAAAGCCUUCUAUCCAUGCAAACACCAGCAACUUCACUCUUGUAAAGUAACAAGUAGUACUGCCCAGAGCCACUUGGUGACAGCAGAGUCGCCUACAUCGGGAGGCUUUCUUAUAAAGUCAGCCAUUGAAACCAACACAUCGCAAAUGGCACCUCCCAAUAAGUCCUAA